CCGCUCCACGUGAGAGAUAAAGGCGCACGAAGCGCGUUGGAGUUCGGUUGUUCUUCGGUGUUUCCAACGAUAAUUCGAGCCUUUCAUUUUGUCUUUGUUACAAGGAUCUUAGUAUCACUUCCGCCCUCAAAGAUCGCAGGCUUUUCUGAGUACUUUCCUACUGAAAGUGAAGAUGGGUGUUUUUAUGGCUGCUUGAGAACGCCCUGGUGCCGCUCGGUUAACCUGAACUUGACUGCCUUAAGAAAUAAAGUGAAGGGGAGAAUUUGUGAGUUGCUGUCCAUAGAAACAGAAAACGCCUCCGAAUUCAUAAAGAACGACGUGAACUCCAUGCAUUACAGAAUCCAGUCACCUAGUGGGUGUGGCAAAUGCCCGAAGUUCCACAAAACAAGAACAGUACUCGCGAAAGGCUCUGACAAGAUUGGAGUUACAAGCAGAUUCGGAGAAGUCAAGACCUACAUGGCUUUUGCUUCUGGUCGCUACAGGAUCGAAACAGGCGGCGGACAAGGGGGAACACACAAUGCAAGCUAUGGAACCUACCCCGGGAUAUUCCCUGGAGGCAAAGGCGCAACCAUGGAGGGUAUCUUCCAGAUCACCGUACGCACUGAACUCAAAAUCGUGAUAGGAAAGCCAGGGGGUAAUUCCGUAGAGAUAAGGGGUGGUAGAAAGACAAAUUUAUCGGCAAAUGAAUUGGGGAUGUCUGUUGAAGAUAACGCAGGCACAGGCGGUGGAGGAGGGUCGUUUGUUUAUACAAGUGCCGGUGUGCUACUUGUGGCUGCCGGUGGAGGAGGGGGAGGAUCUAGUGGUUUCAAGGGUGUGGAUGGGCAGGCGACCGAGAACGGGGCGGCAAGUAAGGGAAGGCUGUCUUACUCUCGAGCAGGGGGGUCCAAUGGUAAUCCGGGUGUGUGCAACAGAGCUGGAGGGAAUUACCACGGAGGAGUGGGUGCAGGUUGGAAUGGCGCGGGUUGUAACAGAACCCAAAAUAUGCAUGGCGAGGCAGGGGGUGCUAGGGCGCAGGGUUGGGUCGGAGGUAGAGCCGGAAAUAUGAACAGCGGGUACAACGGCGGUCCUUCCCCUGGUGCUGUUGGUGGUUUCGGAGGAGGGGGAGGGGGGUCGGAGGAUAACGGCGCCUCUGGGGGUGGGGGUGGAUAUUCAGGGGGAGGAAGUGGUAUCACUUGGAAUCAGGCUGGUGGUGGAGGGGGGUCGUACUGUGCUGGAAGCAGCUGCAAGGGAGUCACUGGAGGGAACUCCGGCAGAGAGGGUUAUGUUCAGGUCACUUAUCUUGGGCCAUAGAUGAGCAUUUCGUCCACGGCUCAGUUGAGAUAGCCUCAAGGGAUUUCUUUUCGAUUUUCACAUACAUUCAAUGGGAGCAUUUGAUCAGAAGGCAUUUGCUUGAUUUUUUUCCUCCCAAUACCCAAAAAGUAGUGUCAUGGAUUUUUAUAUUGAUCAUCGUCGAGUAAUAGUAAUCACAUUGUAAACAUGAUGGUGUUCAUUUUAGAUGUGAAAUAAAAUCAUAUUACACAAA